GCAGGCGAGGCGAGUGCAAGAGGUGCGCUCCGCGAAGCACUCUUUGUUCCCUGGACGGCGAAGGAAGGAAGCGAAGCGGAGGAGCCUGGAGCUCCCCAUUCCGGAGAAGAACACGCUGCCCGGUUCCAGGCUUGGAAGGCGGCCGGAUCAGCUUCCUGCCCCAGAGGAGGAGGCAACCAGCCAUCCCGGAGAGCCGCGAGGGCUCGGCCCUUAUUCCCAAGGCGCCGGAGCGGAGCAUGCGAGCCACGGGAGGCGCACCCUGGCUGGACUCCCGGCUCUGAAGCCCCUCCGGGGCGGCUCCCUGGAGCAGCGCUGCCCCAUGGCCAAGGCGGCGUCCCGGCCAAGGCGCUGGUAGUAGCGGAGACGAAGCGCCUGUCCCGUCUUCUCCUUUCGCAGGCCUGCCGCUGCGGUUCUUUUUUGCGCUCUCUCUGCCCGGCGCCAUGGAGGAGUGGCGGCAGUGCGGGCGCUGGCUGAUCGACUGCAAGGUCCUGCCGGCCAACCACCGCGUGGUUUGGCCCUCGGCCGUGGUCUUUGAGCUGGCCCAAGCUCUCCGCGACGGCGUCCUCCUCUGCCAGCUGCUCCACAACCUUUCGCCCGGGUCUAUCGACCUAAAAGACAUCAAUUUCCGGCCCCAGAUGUCCCAGUUCCUCUGCUUGAAGAACAUCCGGACGUUCCUCAAAGUGUGCCAUGACAAAUUUGGCCUGCGGAACAGCGAGCUGUUUGACCCUUUUGAUCUCUUCGAUGUGCGGGAUUUUGGCAAGGUGAUAUCGGCAGUCUCCAGACUAUCUCAUCACAGCAUCGCUCAAAACAAAGGAAUUAGGCCAUUCCCUUCAGAGGAGACCACAGAAAAUGAUGAUGAUGUCUAUAGGAGCCUGGAAGAGCUGGCUGACGAGCACGAUCUGGGGGAAGACAUCUACGACUGCGUCCCAUGUGAAGAUGAAGGGGAUGACAUCUACGAAGAUAUUAUCAAAGUGGAAGUCCAGCAGCCCAUGAUCAGAUAUAUGCAGAAAAUGGGCAUGACAGAAGAUGACAAAAGGAAUUGCUGUUUGCUAGAGAUCCAGGAAACUGAGGCCAAAUACUACAAGACUCUCGAAGACAUAGAAAAGAACUACAUGAAUCCAUUGAGGCUGGUUUUGACUCUACAAGAGAUGGAAGCAAUAUUUAUUAACUUGGAGGACCUCAUCAAAGUCCACUUCAAUUUCCUGAGAGCCAUCGAUGUUUCCAUGAUGUCUGGAGGGAGCAGCUUGGCCAAAGUGUUUCUAGAAUUCAAGGAAAGGCUCUUGAUAUAUGGCGAGUACUGCAGCCACAUGGAAUAUGCACAGACCACGCUGAAUCACCUCAUGGCCAACCGGGAAGAUGUUCAGCAGAAAAUCGAGGAAUGUACGCUGAAAGUUCAGGAUGGGAAGUUUAAACUGCAAGACUUGUUGGUGGUGCCAAUGCAAAGAGUUUUGAAGUAUCACCUCUUAUUAAAAGAGCUUCUCAGCCAUUCAUCGGAUCGGCCAGAAAAGCAGCAGCUCAAGGAAGCCUUGGAAGCGAUGCAGGACCUGGCCAUGUAUAUAAACGAAGUCAAGCGGGACAAGGAGACGUUAAAGAAAAUAAGUGAAUUUCAGAGUUCCAUAGAAAACUUGCCAGUGAAACUGGAAGAAUAUGGGAGGCCCAAAAUAGACGGUGAACUGAAGGUCCGCUCAAUAGUGAACCAUACGAAGCAGGAUAGGUACUUGUUUUUAUUUGACAAAGUGGUGAUCGUCUGCAAACGAAAAGGCUACAACUAUGAGCAGAAGGAUAUCAUCGAGCUGUUCUGCUACAAGAUGACGGAUGACCCGAUGAACAAUAAAGAUAUAAAGAAGUUGCAUGGAAAAAUGUGGUCGUACGGUUUCUACCUCACUCACCUCCAAGGCAAGCAGGGCUUCCAAUUCUUCUGCAAAACAGAAGACAUGAAAAGGAAGUGGAUGGAACAGUUCGAAAUGGCCAUGUCGAACAUCAAGCCGGAAAAAGCCAUGGCAAACAACCACAACUUCCAGAUGUACACCUUUGACAAGACGACAAACUGUAAAGCAUGCAAGAUGUUUCUCAGAGGGACCUUCUACCAGGGUUAUCAGUGUGUGAAAUGCAAAGUUGGCGCUCACAAGGAAUGCUUGGAAGUUAUUCCCCCCUGCAAAAUCAGUUCACCUGCAGACCAGGAUUCAUUGAAUAUGGGUCCCAAAAUGGUGGCAGUCCAGAACUACCAUGGCAACCCAGCUCCCCCAGGGAAGCCCGUCUUGACAUUUCAAACGGGAGAAGUUAUUGAGCUCCUCCGAGGGGACCCAGAAUCACAGUGGUGGGAGGGAAGGCUAAUAUUGUCGAAGAAGUCUGGUUAUUUCCCCAGCUCGUCGGUCAAACCCUGCCCAGUGGAUGCCAGACCUCCUAACAGCCGGCCUCCAUCACGAGAGAUGGAUUACUCUGCCUAUCCUUGGUUUGCAGGAAACAUGGAAAGGCAGCAGACAGACAAUCUCCUGAAGCUGCAUGUUACUGGGACGUACCUGAUCCGGGAGAGGCCGGCAGAGGCCGAGCGCUUUGCAAUCAGCAUUAAGUUUAAUGAGGAGGUGAAGCACAUUAAGGUGGUCGAAAAAGACAACUGGAUUCACAUCACCGAAGCAAAAAAAUUUGAAAGCUUAUUGGAACUUGUUGAAUACUAUCAAGCUCACUCACUCAAGGAGAGUUUUAAACAACUGGACACAACAUUGAAAUACCCUUACAAGUGCCGGGAACGCUCUACCUCCAGAACCUUGACUCGGUCACCAGCUGCCUGUGCUUCCUACAAUUUUUCCUUUCUCAGUCCUCAGGGCCACAACUUCACUUCUCAGAAUGCCUCCACUCCUUUCUGGUCAGUAUUCACACCUCGGGUCGUAGGGACGGCGGUGGCGAGGUACAAUUUCGCUGCGCGGGACAUGCGGGAACUCUCGUUGAGAGAAGGGGACGUUGUGAAGAUCUACAGCCGGAUAGGCGGGGACCAGGGCUGGUGGAAAGGAGAAACCAAUGGAAGAAUUGGUUGGUUCCCUUCGACCUACGUUGAAGAAGAGGGUGUCCAGUGACGUCUGGAGCUCCCAGGCGCUGUCAGCAGUUGGCCCAGUGGAAAGCCAAAACAAGCCCUUUUUCUGGGGCUCUGAAAAAGCGACUGUCCCUCUUCCGGCACUAACAACUAAGACAAAAGCCUCUUGUUGGGCCCAUUGUAACAAAUGGGGUGCAAGCAAACAAGCAAACAAACGCACAUGGACAUGCAACAGAACGGGAUUCUUUGCGCAUUUGUGCUUUCUGUGGGUGAGGGGUUGGGAGAGACAGUUUAGCUUUAUCUUUCAUUGAUGGCUUGACUUGUACAUAAGAUUUUGAAAUCCAAAGUUGGGUGGUGUUUCUGGAAAGUUGUGGGGCGUCUGAGGGAAGCCUUCUGUGACACAUGGCUUAGGGGUGAUUUACAAAGCCUGUUUAGUGAAGGUUGGACCAAAACCACCACAGGGAUGGCAUGGUGGAACUCUGGAAUUGGAGAGAGUCUCUUGUUCCUGGGUGGGGAGCGAUGGAGAAGGGGAGUCCUGAUUUCUUCAAGGCUUCUGGGGACUCUGGCAUUAGGACAAUGGAGGGAGUCCUCUCACAGACUACAGACGUAGUUUGGAUGGUAUGUGGGACUGAUCUCACACACUCAACAGGCAUGAAUCGGUGUCUGGGGGCAGGGCCAUGGUUGUGUUGUUCUCAUUCAGGCAUCACUCCCUCCCCAGUUGGCAUAAAAGGACUGCCUACUCAAUUUGGGUGAGGAGGAACCCUGAGAAUGUCACUCCUGGAAGGUUGCCCAGACAGGUGAGGCAUCACCUGCGUCUGACCUUGUUCAUCAGGUUCUACUUCACUUUUAAGGAGUGUGACAUUGAUCCUCAUUUCUUAGUGCAGGGGUGGGGGAUUUCAGACCCCAGGGGGCUGAAAGUGGCCAUCUAAGCCUCUUAAUUCAUUCCAGAGGCCACUCCACAUCCACACACCUCUGUCCCCAUUUAACAAUGCUUACUCCACACCUUAAGUGGGUUUGGCUGACUGGAUAUCUCACCUUGCAGUGGGGUAAUGCCUCUUGUUUGGGUGAAAGUUGGACAUACAAAUACUUGCCUUUUUCAUGGCUGGGAUAUAGCUUGCCAUAGAAAUGUAAGACUUGCAUCUGUCCCUCCACCAGCUUCCACUACUGGCCCUGCCAACCACUGUGAUGUGUUCCCUAGAAGGUUCUCUAUGAGGGAAUGUGGCUCUGAAAAAUGCUCCCUUGCACAUCUCUGAGUGGAUUUUCUCCCUUGUGAUUGGGGGAUGUCAGGCUGGUUCUCUGGGGCUUGUGCUCCACAGCAGCCUUCCCCACCCGACCUAGGGUCCUCCAUGUGUUCUUGGACUACAAUUCCCAUCAUCCCAUGCUGGUUACUGGAGGCUGCUGGGAGCUGGAGUCCAAGAACAUCCUCAGGGCACACCCAAUCGAGAAAUCAGCAAAUUUCACAGUUUUCGCUCUUUUGGAAAGAGAGAAGUGUUAAAUCACCCAUUGACGUCCAAACAUUGGUCACCCUAAGGGUUAGGAUUUGAUAAGGGCUGUCAGUUCUGAAUAAAAUAUGCAACUCGUUUUCUUAAAACUCAACAUGUCUCGCUCAGUCGUCACCUUAAAAUAAUUUAUUUCUCUAAAUUAAUAUCCCACCCUGUUUACCCAGAUUGCACCAUCAGCGGCAGUUAAAUCCUGCCCCCCCCCAAAGUUCAUUUCCCAUCCAGAGGUGCUUGGUGCACUUAAGAGAUAAUAUAUUUAGGGAUUGCAUUGACAGGCAGAGGCAGCUGAUUCUAGUUUCAUCCCUACUGUCCCUGCUGAGCUCUGCAAGGACAGCACAGGAUUGAUCCAUUGCAUUCAUGCAAAGCACAUUUCAACAUGCAUGGCUUCCCCACAAAGAAUCGUGGGGACUGUAGUUUGUUAUGGUUGUUGGGAAGUACAGUGGUACCUUAGGUUAAGAACUUAAUUCGUU